UUUCAAAUCACUUCAUUCCCUCACAUAAUUUUCUGUAAGCUAAGAAAGACUACAAGACAAACAAAGACUACUGUAUAAUAAGACUGCAUGAAAAAUAAACAAAGUUGACAAACAGAGACCAAAUUGAACAACAAAAAAAUGUGGCGGAGGACUUUCACCAGCGCCACCGCAUUGAAGGACAAGAAAUGGGACGCGCUCAUAAUCGGCGGUGGCCACAACGGCCUGACAGCGGCAGCGUAUCUCGCCCGCGGCGGCCUCUCAGUUGCCGUACUCGAGCGCCGUCACGUGAUCGGCGGCGCCGCCGUGACGGAAGAGCUGGUUCCGGGGUUUAAAUUCUCCCGGUGCAGCUACCUCCAGAGCCUUCUCCGGCCGUCGGUGAUGAAUGAGCUGGAGCUGGGGAGUAAGCACGGGUUGAAGCUUCUGAGGAGUAAUCCGUUGUCGUUUACGCCUUGUCUCGAUGGACGCUACCUUCUCUUGGGCACUGACAAGAACCUCAAUCAUUCUGAGAUUUCCAAAUUCUCACAAAAAGAUGCUGAGGCUUAUCCUAGAUAUGAGAGUAAGCUUGAGAGUUUCUGUAAAUUCAUGGAUCUAGUGCUGGAUUCGCCGCCGCCUGAAUCUUUGCAGCAUAAAUCGUCUCUUAAUGAACAACUGAAGAAUAAAAUACAGAAUUCAGUAUUUUGGGCAAAAUGUCUACGGCAGGCGUCCUCCUUGGGGCAAAAGGAUAUGGUGGACUUUUUGGAUCUUUUGUUGUCCCCAGUUUCUAAAGUUUUGAACAACUGGUUUGAGGCAGAUGUUCUGAAGGCAACCCUUGCAAGUGAUGCUGUCAUAGGAAGUACAGCCAGCGUUCAUGCCCCAGGAAGUGGUUAUGUUCUACUACAUCAUGUGAUGGGAGAAUCUGAUGGAGAUCGUGGAGUUUGGUCAUUUGUUGAAGGUGGAAUGGGCUCAAUAUCCAAGGCUAUUGGCAGUGCUGCUGCGGAAGCUGGAGCACAUGUUGUAACAAAUGCUGAAGUGUCUCAGUUGUUGAUUGAAAACUCUAGCACAGUCCGUGGGGUGAUUUUGGCUGAUGGUACUGAAGUCCAUUCUUCAGUUGUUCUGUCUAAUGCGACUCCUUAUAAAACUUUCAUGGAAUUAGUGCCCAGCAAUGUUCUCCCUGAUGAUUUUGUUCGUGCAAUUAAGCAUUCUGACUACAGUUCUGCUACUACAAAAAUAAAUAUAGCAGUUGAUAAAUUGCCCCAAUUUCAAUGUUGCAAGUUAAAUCAUCCUCAUGAUGGCCCACAGCAUGUUGGCUCAAUUCGUAUAGGUUUUGAGAGCAUGGAGGAGAUUCACUCUGCAUGUCAAGAUGCGAUGAAUGGAGUACCAUCGAGAAGGCCGUUUAUUGAGAUGACAAUUCCCUCUGUUCUGGACAAAACUAUAUCUCCGCCUGGUAAGCAUGUGAUCAACCUGUUUGUGCAGUAUACACCCUACAAACCACUGGAUGGUGACUGGCAAGAUCAUGACUACAGAGAAUCAUUUGCACAAAAAUGCUUCACAUUAGUUGAUGAAUACGCCCCUGGCUUCAGCUCAUCAAUCCUUGGUUAUGACAUGCUGACUCCUCCAGAUCUUGAAAGGGAGAUCGGUUUGACAGGAGGGAAUAUAUUUCAUGGUGCUAUGGGAUUGGAUUCUCUUUUCCUCAUGCGACCUGUAAAAGGAUGGUCAAACUAUAAGACUCCGCUUAAAGGGUUAUACUUGUGCGGAAGUGGAGCACAUCCUGGCGGUGGAGUUAUGGGAGCACCUGGACGUAACGCUGCUCAUUUAGUUCUUCAAGAAGUUAGAAAAACAACUUAACUGGUGCAUACAGGCCUGUAUAGAUGGAUCUUUCAGUGGGAUCCUAGGCAGGAAUUUCUCCAAAUCUUGUAACGGUGCAUUGGAUGGAAGAAUCGUGAUAAUGAUUUACCAAAUUAGCUGAACAUUUACAUAACAAACUUGCUGAAGGUAGAUUGUGAAUUUAGAAAACUAGAGCUUGUAAUCCUUGAUCAUUAAGACAAUCUAGCAAUUGGUCAAUGCA